GAAGUGUUCAUUUUCUUGACUUCCGCUAGCUUCACAGGAGUUUUUUAGCACCUUCGGUUAAACGGUUUAUUUUAUUAAUAUCUUUGCAUUUUGGUGUCCGUCUGUUUUUCUGUCAUUUCAGUUGAUGCAGUUCCGCUUUCUUAACGACUCUAUGACUGAGGUCCUCCUUCCUCCAUAGCCGCGUGAGGACUUUGAUGCUGGCGGCUCCUCUUCCUCCCGGGUGGUCAGGAUGGAUGAAGAAACCCUGGAAGCUGCCAUCACUGCCUACGGUGCACAGUUGCAGCAGGUGGAGACGGCCCUGGCUGCCGGUCUAGACCCCAGCCAGCAGCCGGACCUUCUCAAGCUGAAGGAAGACCUCUCCCAGCUGAUCGAGCUCACCGAGGCCAGCCUGGUGUCAGUCAAGAAGAGCCGGCUCCUGGCCAGCCUGGAGGACAGCAACGGGUUGUGGGGCGGCUCCUCGCUCGCACCGGCAGACGCCAACGCAGAGUUUGCUGCAUUUUAUUCAGAACUUGGAGAAGGUUCUGGCAGUGCCUCUGAAACCAGGGAGAGGGGUGUGGAUGGGGAGGAAGAGGAGGAGGAGGAUGCAGAAGAAGAAGAUUCACUUAGUGGUACAAAAGUAAGAGCGCCCUACAGGACAGCAUGGGGUACGCUGGAGUAUCACAACGCCAUGGUGGUGGGGGCAGAACCCACUGAUGGAGAAGAGGCUCAAGUGAGGGUGCUCUACCUCUACCCCACCCAGAAGGCCAUGAAACCCUGUCCGUUCCACCUGGAGGACAAAUGUCGCUUUCAGGAUAAUUGCAGGUUUUCCCACGGACAGGUGGUGCAAGUGUCCGAGCUCAGAGAGUUCCUGGAGUGUGACCUCAGUAACCUCGAAGAGGGUUCGUCCUGUUUGUCUCGACACGAGGACGGGAUCUGGUACCCGGCUAAAAUAACAGACAUUGACAGCGGUUUCUAUACGGUGAAAUUCGACUCGCUGCUGCUGAAAGACACGGUGGUCGAGGCCGACUGCAUCAUCCCACCGCUGAGGGAAGAUGAUCCGCUGUCUUCUGACUCGGAUAUGGACGAUUCAGGGGAUGGAGACACCGACGUUUAUGCAAAAGUUUUAGAAUCCGCUGCUGAGCCUGCAGGAACGUCCAGCAGCGGUCAUUUUGGCGGCUGGGAGGCUCACACCAGAGGAAUCGGGUCCAAACUUAUGCUUAAAAUGGGGUACGAGUACGGAAAAGGUUUAGGGAAAACCCAGGAGGGUCGGGUGGAGCCGGUGAUGGCGGUCCUCCUGCCCAAAGGAAAGUCCUUGGACGAGUGUGCCGAGCUCACGCAGAGGCGCACCCGCAGCCAGACGGCUAAGAACGGCCCUCAAAGCUCCCGCCCCAAGCGGCGCAGGAAGCCUCGGGCCCCCGCCGAGGGGCGCCGCACCGUCUUUGACUUUCUGAACCGCAAGCUCGGAGGCAGGGACUCUGAGCGGGCAGACGGGGGCGCUGCUGCGCCAUCGGCGCCGGCGGGGCUGGAGGCUUACAGAGGAGGGAGGGGCACCAAGAGGAGUCUGAACGUGAGGCUGUUCCAGGCUGCUGAGAGGGUCUCCCAGACCGAGAGGGAGAUCCAGAAACUGAGCGAGAGCCUCAGCAGACACACGGGCCGGGAUGCAUCCAGAGUGAAACAGCUGGAGGAGAAACUGUCGGCGGCUCGCAGUCUGCUGGUCCAGCAGAAAGCUCAGGAGCUGUCCGUCCAGAGAGAGCAAAGGAAGGCGGACACGCACAAGAAGAUGACCGAGUUCUGAGCCCGCUUUCAUGAAAGACGGCGGCCUCUACUUUCUUUUCAGUUUUUGGAAGAUUUUUUAACCCUAACCCUGGACAGUGUGGUUCACUUCCUGCUGGUUUGAUUUGCUUGUUUUUAUAUUUUAUUUUACUGCAGGAUUAAUAGUCAAUCCAAAUGAGAUGUUGGUUUUUGUCAUAAACCUUUGCUCUGUCUUUGAAUGCUGGGUUUCAUUUUGUUUAUCUGCACACCAGUAAACUCCAGGAUUUCCAAACAAAA